GAAAACGGGGUGCAGAUGGUGAGCUACAUCAUCACGUAUAACGCAACACACUUUUUCUCCAGAAUGCAGCAGCAACAACAACGUCGAAUGGUCACAGCUGCCCUCUUGGCAUUCAUUUUUGUUCUAGUAGCCGUGAGUACUACUGAGGCUGGCAAAAAAGAGAAACCAGAGAGGAAAGCUAAGAAGUCUGACUGUGGAGAGUGGCAGUGGAGUGCAUGUGUGCCCACCAGUGGAGACUGUGGCCUGGGGACCCGUGAGGGCACUCGGACUGGAGCUGAAUGCAAACAGACUACGAAGACCCAAAAGUGUAAGAUCCCUUGCAAUUGGAAGAAGCAGUUUGGAGCAGAGUGUAAGUACCAGUUCCAGGCCUGGGGUGAAUGCGACUUGAAUACUGCUUUGAAGACUCGAACUGGGAACCUAAAAAGAGCCCUUCACAAUGCUGAAUGCCAGAAGACUGUUACAAUCUCAAAGCCCUGUGGGAAACUUACCAAACCCAAGCCUCAAGAACCCAAGAAGAAGAAAAAGGAAGGCAAGAAACAGGAGAAGAUGCUGGAUUAAUAGAAGCCAAGCUGGUCAGCAUGAGAAAGGGACAUCAGCAGCCACGAUCAGUUAACAGUUUCAUUUACACCUAGGCAUUUUAUCCUAAAAUUAUUUAUAGCUUAAUGGUACAAUAGAAGGAAACAAACAAAUACACACAAAAAAAAAUCUUUUUUUCCUUUUAUUUUACUUUAGUAUUUUUAACAUAUAACCCUAACAAUGUUUUUAGAGGCCUGAAAUAAAGGACUGUAACUUCCUUUAGAAAAGUAUUUCUAUUUUAUACUGAACAAUGUAGAGGGUUUUAAAGAAUUUUUUUUCUCAAGUUUUAUAUUAGGUCUUGAUCCUAUGAAUUAGUCCACACGGGCUAAGGCUUGAGCAUACAGAGCCUAACUGUAGUCAAUGGAACUUUGUUGUAAUGGUGUUUGCCUGAAAGCUGCAAUGUUUUAGGAUUGUGGCCUUGGGUCAGAAACAAACAAACUUUUCUUUCUUUUUCCUUUUAUCUUUUAAAUUCUUGUUACGGCUAGAGAGCUGUGUGAAUAAUCAGCUGGGUAGGGAUUUUUGGAUAUUUGCAGGUAAGAUUUUUUUUUUCUGGUCAAUCUUCAGGUGAAAGGCCACCAUUUCUAGGUUAAAAUCUUAUUGUCUCUGCUGCUGGCAAUUUUCCUUUCUCUGAUAGAAAAAAGGUGGGGUUAGCAAAGUCCUGAAUUUUCCUUUCCCCCCCCCACAGAAGAUGAGAAAGUAUUUUUCAUAGAAGAAUGACAGCAGAACUCUCUUUGUUUUGAUAUUAAAUUCAAGGUGAUGGAGAAAAAUGUUUUCUUCUCUACCUAAAAAUCCUAACACCACCCCCCCCUCCCCAAAAUUCUGUUUUUUUUUUUCCAGCAGUGAAAACAGCCCUUUUUUUCCUUACACAUUUAACCUGCAUUAUUGUUUUUGCCUGACUUAGAACUGGUAAAAAAAAAAAAAAAAAAGAAGUAUUUACAGCAGAAAAUAGCUAAAGGAAUGAAAGUAAAAAAAUGUCAUGGACUAUUUGAUAUUUUGACACAAAAUUAAACAACAUUUGAGAGGGGCUAGAUAUAAAAA